CUGGAAGAGGGGGAGGCGAAAGCUUGCCAACUUCACCUGUUGUUCUCUUGCAAAGCACAUGAAAGACAUAUGUAUACCUUGUUAAUCGUUUCUAAAUAGCCGGGGGAAUAUAUCACAAGGUCCUACCCCAGAUUAUCUAUCCAGGUGUCUCUCUCCCUCAUCCUCUUCCAUUGAGAUUGGCAACUUCAACUACUCCCAAAUCAUCACCAAGCUCAACCAGAAGCCACCUCCAGUAUCACAACCAUACUACAGCAAUAACCUCUAUAUCCUUCCGACACACACACACACACACACACACACACACACACAUCAUGGCGCCCAGACAACAACGCCAAAAGGCGCCUUGCUACGUCCUCGGCGUCGGCAUGACCAAAUUCAUCAAGCCCCGCGGCAAGGUCGACUACACGGAGCUGGGCUUCGAGGCCGGCGUCAAGGCCAUGCUCGACGCCCAGAUCAACUACGACGACGUCGAACAGGGCGUCGCCUGCUACUGCUACGGCGACAGCACCUGCGGCCAGCGCGUCUUUUACCAGUUCGGCAUGACGGGCAUCCCCAUCUACAACGUCAACAACAACUGCUCCACGGGGUCCACCGGCCUCGCCAUGGCCCGCAGCUUUGUCUCGUCUGGCGCCGCCGACUGCGUGCUCGUCGUCGGCUUCGAGAAGAUGAUGCCCGGCUCGCUGCAGAGCUUCUUCAAUGAUCGGGAGAACCCCACGGGCACGACCAUCAAGAUGAUGGCUGAGACGAGAGGCAUCACCAACGCGCCCGGCGCUGCGCAGAUGUUUGGCAACGCUGGGCGGGAGUACAUGGAGAAAUACGGCGCCAAGGCCGAGGACUUUGCGGAGAUCGCCCGCAUCAACCACGAGCACUCCACAAAGAACCCCUACUCCCAGUUCCAGGACGUCUACACCCAGGAGCAGAUCCUCAAGGCGCCCGAGAUCUUUGCGCCCCUGACAAAGCUGCAGUGCUGCCCGACCUCGGACGGCGGCGCCGCCGCGGUGCUCGUCUCGCAGGCCUUCCUCGACGCGCGGCCCCACCUCAAGGACCAGGCCGUCCUCGUCGCGGGCCAGUGCCUCGCCACCGACGUCCCCUCGCUGUUUUCCCGCUCUGCUAUCGAUCUCAUGGGCUUCGAGAUGACGCAGCACGCCGUCAAGGCCGCCAUGGGCGAGGCCGGGCUUACUCCCAAGGACGUGCAAGUUGUUGAGCUGCAUGAUUGCUUCUCGGCCAACGAGAUGAUUGUGCUCGAUUCGCUUGGGUUGGCGGAGCCCGGGAAGGCGCACGAGCUUGUGAGGCGCGGGGACAUCACGUACGGAGGCAAGUACGUCGUCAACCCGUCGGGCGGGCUGAUUUCCAAGGGGCACCCGCUCGGCGCCACGGGUAUCGCGCAGUGCGCCGAGCUGGUCUGGCACCUGCGCGGCUGGGCCAACAACCGUGCCGUGAAGGGGACCAAGGCCGCGCUGCAGCAUAACCUGGGCCUGGGAGGCGCCGUGGUGGUGACGGUGUACCGUCGUGCGGACGGUAAGGAGGCUCCGGCGAUUGAUUCUGCGGCGGUGGGCAAGGCGAAUAAGCUUGGGUAUAACCCGGCGGUCGAGGCCAAGGGGUUCACGGCGCAGCAGGCGGCGGCUGUGAGGAGUAAGACCAAGAAGAGCGAUUGGGCUCUGCAGGAUACGGAGGAGAAGGUUGAGGCGCGGUUCUAA